AAACAGAAGUCGGUCUCUUCCAAGGGGAGUGAAGUCAGACCUCAAUACAUGGAAUCUUCCACAGAAAGUGAGGAUGAAGACGACAGAAAAAUGGACAGAAAUUCGACGCCAACAGGAGAACUGACAUCUGAGUAUUGGCAAAUUCAAAAGUUAAUCAAAUUUGUCAAGAUUGGAAAUCAGACUGCGACACUUAUUGCCUUGUGCGCUCUCAAUGACUUUGAUAUGCGGUCUGAAGCAUGCCAAAUGGCAGUACGUGAUGUUAAUGGACUGUUGGUGCUCACAAAUAUGUUGAGAACAGACCAUGAUAAAUGCAAGAUUGCCACCAUGAAAUUGCUCGACCCUCUAACGGAGAAGAGCAAGUACAACAGAAGAGAAUUGAUCAGAUUUGGAGCAAUGCACAGCCUGAUAGAACACAUUGCAACAAGUGACAACAGAGACGUGGUUGGUUGGGCGGCUACAAUCAUUGCUAACAUGAGUCAAUCCAGUUUAGCGAGAAACAUCUUGAAGCAUCACGAUGGAAUAAGGAAACUGGUUAACUUACUAGAUUACAAAGAGAAUGAUCAGGUUCGUGUCAGCUACCAGAAGAGAAUAUACUACACAUUGAGUAAUGAGACACUGGCAAAGAAUCUGCAAGUUGCCAGGUCUGCGACCAGAGCUUUAUGGAGCUGCUGUCGUGAUAGUCAGCGGUGUCGUGUGGCCGUACUGAAGACCGGCGGCGUGCCAUAUUUGGCGAACCUGGUCACAUUAGAAGAUGAAGAUAUUCUGGUUCCAGUCACAGGUCUCAUACAGGAGUGUUGUAUUGAGAAAAACUUCCGUUUGGCAGUACAACACACCAAUAUCAUCGAGGACGUCGUCAAUCAUUUAACACGCGACAAUCUGGAAUUGAAGACAUAUGGCGCUCUUACGAUAUUCAGGUGUGCCGAAGAAAAGGAAACUCGAGAUAUCGUGUAUGAACAAGAUGGUAUUUUGCCAAUCAUCGACCUUCUCUCGUUGAAGGAGAGAAAUGCAUUAGCAGCCGCUACGGGCGCCGUGUGGAAAUGCGCGAAGAGUGAGGAGAAUGCAAGACGAUUUCUUCAUCUUGACAUGAUGGAAAUGUUAUUGAAGUACAUUCACCCACAAUAUCCUGAUGAAUGGACCGAAGAGGUCCAAGCCCAUGCCAUAGGUGCCAUUGGAGAACUGGUACGAGUUCCCGAAGGAUGUUUCGAGCUGUACCGUUGCCAUGGUUGCGAGGGAUUGAUAGGCAUGCUGGGACAUCCAAAUAGAGACAUCUCAAUUAACGUUGCGAAGGCCAUCUGCAACAGUAGUCUGGAAAUCGGAUGUAAAGAGAAAUUCAAACGAAUGGACGGCAUUAGAUUGCUGUGGACAUUGUUGAAAUCAUACGAUGAUGAGGUGAUCAUCAAUUCUGCGUGGGCUUUGUGCGUUCUUAUUGAUAAUGACGAGACAGACGCUGAAAAUAUUCGUUCUUUUGUUGGCGGCCUGGAAAUUUUGGUGAACUUAUUGAAAUCUGAAAAUCUCGAGGUAUUAACCUCGGUAUGUGCGGUCAUAUCAGAAGUGGCAAUUGACUAUCAAAAUGUGGGAAUCAUUUCUGACUAUGAUGUUGUCCCUCUUUUGGCUGAGCUGACGAAUGUGGAAGAUAACCGAUUGAAAAGGUAUCUCGCCGAAGCUAUUGCAAGAUGUGGUGUAUUUGGUGAUAAUGCGAGAGCGUUUCGUACCUCAGGAGCUGUUUAUAAGAUUGUGAAAUAUCUUUAUAUUGAAGAUAUUCCUUUACAAGAGGCAACUGUACGAGCUUUGUACCAACUUUCACGUGACCCAGCGAACUGUGCCAUCAUUCACAAACAUGGCGGAGUUAAGCUACUUCUAGAAAUGGUUGGUUCAGACGACCCGGACUUGCAAGAGGCAGCUGCCGGCUGUCUGGCGAACAUACGAAGACUGGCGGUGACUGAAAAUACAAAGACACCCAAGAAAUCCAGAACUGCGUCGUCAAAAUCUUCACAUUAAAAUACUCCUACCACAAUGCUUGUACAUACCUGUUCGCCAGAUCAUUUUCUUGUAGUUGUAAAUAUUUUUUAACUUGUGAAAUAAACUA